GCCGGCUCCGAGCUUGGAGAAAGCUGACGACGCGCAUUGGGACCCAGGAAAUAGAUUAUAAGGUCUGCUUGAACCCAGAAAUAGAGAUCGCUGCUCGGUGGUGGUCGCUAUUUUCAGUCACGAGAGGAAUCUUCAUCAUUUUCUGAAAGUUGAAUAGAUGAAUUAGAUGAUCAAAAUGUCGGAGAAGCAGCCUGAGAGGGAGACAGAUCCUGAACAUCAUCACAGGGAAAGUGAGACAUGUGACAGACAGGAUGGAGCUGAAGACUUGGAACACGUCCACGGGAGACUUCCCGGAUUGAUGGAUACCCUGAACCUGGAAGCGAGCAUCGGUCUUCCCACAAGGGCAGAUGGUGGUCAUGACACUGCUCAAGGAGCACAUGGUGAUGAGACAAUGGACAAUCCAUCAUCAUCUGACGUAGUGCUACAGAAGACUGGCCACGACGCUGGUGUUAGUGUCGUUCCUCAAGGAACACAAGGUGACGAGACUUCGACAAUGGACACUCCAUCAUCAUCUGACGUAGUGCUACAGCAGACUAGCCAUGACGAUGAUGUUAGUGUCGUUCCAAAAGGAACACAAGGUGACGAGACUUUGACAAUGGACAAUCCAUCAUCAUCUGACGUAGUGCUACAGCAGACUAGCCAUGACGAUGAUGUUAGUGUCGUUCCUCAAGGUACACAUGGUGGUGAGACUUUCACAAUGGACAACCCGGCAUCGUAUGAUGUAGUGGUUCCUCGAGGUACACAUGGUGGAGAGACUUUCUCUAUGGACAUGGUAGCAGCAACAGAAGUAGUGGAGCGUCAGGCCCGGUCUGGGAAUGGUGCCAUGGCUGUUUCCGAGAGAAGAGAGAGACAGGCAGUAUCAACAAAAAUUACUGCAGGUCCUGACUUUAAAGGCAUCAUCGUACAAGACUCUUCCUAUGUCAAUCUGUCUCUAGGAGGUCAGAAUGCAGGAACAAUGAAGUCAGAUUUAUUAGAGAUCAACUUUAAACGAGUCAAAGAUGUCUUUGUCAAAACUGCCAUCUACAGGAGAGUGAAGGAUCAGCUGGAGAAGUAUGGCCACGUGACAAUAAGUGGUGCUUCUGGUGAAGGGAAAACAUCCACAGCUUUAAUGAUAGGAGCAAAUCUCAGAAAACAGGGAUAUGAACUGGUAUUUGUUGAUGAUGUGGACACGUUCAAGCUUGACAACUGUGAACUGCUUGGAAAGAAAGUAUGUCUGAUACUGGAUGAUAUAUUUGGAACAGUUGGCUUAUCAACUGAUGUGCCACAUCUAAGGUCCAUUUUACAAAAUCUGAAACAUUAUUUAGAAGAUAUCCAAUUUAACAAGGAAGAACAACAGGAAACACGCCCAUCCACGAAAUCAAUGAUUCAAGUUAUCUUCACCACCAAAUCGUAUAACCUAGAAUGUGGAAUCGCAAAGCUGGAAGGCCAAGAAUUCUAUUUCUUCACAGGACCGUCAGUUCUUGAUUUGACAAAAAUGAAAUCAUGUCAUUACAGUCAUGAGGAGAGAAAGAGAAUACUUCAGAAACAUCGACAAUACCAUAAUGUCAAAUUGGAGCUCGAUAUCGAUACAAUAUGUGACAUAACAGAGUCUUUGUUUGGGUUCCCUUUAACAUGUAAACUAUUUUGUGAAUUUCUAAGUUUUCAAAAAGAACCUGCACAGUUCUUCAGAGUACCUUUGUUUUAUCUACGGAGAGAACUUAACAUGAUUAUGGAACGUAGGGAUGACCUGUCGGCUGCGCUAAUCCUGAUGUUGCUGUGUGAAGAUAAUCUGAACUUGAGCCAGGUGGAAAUGGAAUCUGAAAAUAGUAUUUUAGAAGCUAACUUGCAGGCUGUCAAAAGUGUGGUGACAAUUACUUCACGUACUGCAGUCGCCAAAGCUGCCAGAUACUACAGAGGUACGUUUUUCACGGAGGGAGAUAUCCUUGGAUUUUCACAUCCUACAAUCUACGACGCCUGCGCGUGUGCCUUAUUUUAUAUGAAUCCAUCGUUUGUCCUGAAACACUGCAGUAUAAGAUUCCUCUACGAGCGUGUGCAGGCCAAGCAAGUCGAGUCCACCGCAAUAGAUGAUCACCUGCACAUCAUCUACGUAUCAGAUGUUUACAAUGACGCAAUUGCCUCCAGACUGGCCGAGGCUAUUGGCAAAGGCAUCUAUAGUAUGUCUAUUACACAUCCUAUCUUGAAGAAAGAACAAAUAGUUGACAAAGUGUUCCAGAAGCUUAAACUGAGAAAAUCAAAUCCAUUGAAACGUUGGCUAAAUACAGAAGACAAUAAACGUCUCCGAGUGUUACAUGCAAAGGAAGAAGAGAAGCACUUACUGUACUGGGCAGUUCAUGCUCACAGUCUGUACUUGGUUGAGAGAAUCAUUGAAGUUGGAUGCCGUUUUUCAGACGAAGAGAUCAUCGAGGCCUUUGAGGCCUGUGCUUUCUGUGGGAACGAAUCGGUGCUGUUGUUUUUAUCUUCUAACUAUAGGAGGUUGUUGCAUCAAAGUGUGCUCAACAAAGCUCUAGUGAUUGCCACAGAACAUAAUUAUAAGGGAGUUGUAUUAGCCUUAUUUAAACUUGGAGCUGAUCUCACACUGACAAAUGACUCCAAUUAUAAUGUACUUCAUCUGGCAUGUCGGGUUGGAAAUAAGUUCAUUGUAAAGCUCAUACAGCCAUUAUUUGACAUUAAUUGUCGGGGACAACGUGGUUUGACAGGAGUGAUGAUAGCAGCUCUCUAUGGAAAGAAGGAUACUUUUGAAAUGCUUGUGUCAGCGGGAGUUGAUCUCACACUGACAAAUGACAACAAUGACAAUGUACUUCAUCUGGCAUGUCAAAGUGGAAAUAGGUUCAUUGUAGAAAGUCUACUGCCAUUAUUUGACAUUAAUUGUCGGGGACAAGAUGGUUUGACAGGAGUAAUGAGAGCAGCUUUCUGUGGAAAGCAGGAUACUUUUGAAAUACUUGUGUCAGCGGGAGCUGAUCUCACACUGACAAAUGACUACAAUGACAAUGUACUUCAUCUGGCAUGUCAAAGUCGAAAUAGGUUCAUUGUAGAACGUCUACUGCCAUUAUUUGACAUUAAUUGUCGGGGACGUGAGGGUUGGACAGGAGUAAUGAGAGCAGCUCUCUGUGGAAAGAAGGAUACUUUUGAAAUGCUUGUGUCAAAGGGAGCUGAUCUCACACUGACAGAUGACUACAAUAACAAUGUACUUCAUCUGGCAUGUCACGGUGGAAAUAGCUUCAUUGUAGAUCGUCUACUGCCAUUAUUUGACAUUAAUUGUCGGGGACAAAAUGGUUGGACAGGAGUAAUGAUAGCAGCUUUCUGUGGAAAGAAGGAUACUUUUGAAAUACUUGUGUCAGCAGGAGCUGAUCUCACACUGACAAGUGACGACAAUGACAAUGUACUUCAUCUGGCAUGUCAAGGUGGAAAUAGGUUCAUUGUAGAUCGUCUACUGCCAUUAUUUGACAUUAAUUGUCGGGGACAAAAUGGUUUUACAGGAGUAAUGAGAGCAGCUUUCUGUGGAAAGAAGAAUAUUUUUGAAAUACUUGUGUCAAAGGGAGCUGAUCUCACACUGACAAAUGACUACAAUGACAAUGUACUUCAUCUGGGAUGUCAGGGUGGAAAUAGGUUCAUUGUAGAACAUCUACUGCCAUUAUUUGACAUUAAUUGUCGGGGACAAGAUGGUUUGACAGGAGUAAUGAGAGCAGCUCUCUGUGAAAAGAAGGAUACUUUUGAAAUGCUUGUGUCAAAGGGAGCUGAUCUCACACUGACAAGUGACUACAAGAACAAUGUACUUCAUCUGGCAUGUCAAGGUGGAAAUAGGUUCAUUGUAGAACGUCUACUGCCAUCAUUUGACAUUAAUUGUCGGGGACAAGAUGGUUGGACAGGAGUAAUGAUGGCAGCUCUCUGUGGAAAGAAGGAUAAUUUUGAAAUACUUGUGUCAGCGGGAGCUGAUCUCACACUGACAGAUGACUACAAUGACAAUGUACUUCAUCUGGGAUGUCACGGUGGAAAUAGGUUCAUUGUAGAUCGUCUACUGCCAUUAUUUGACAUUAAUUGUCGGGGACGUGAGGGUUGGACAGGAGUAAUGAGAGCAGCUCUCUGUGAAAAGAAGGAUACUUUUGAAAUGCUUGUGUCAAAGGGAGCUGAUCUCACACUGACAGAUGACUACAAUAACAAUGUACUUCAUCUGGCAUGUCAUGGUGGAAAUAGCUUCAUUGUAGAUCGUCUACUGCCAUUAUUUGACAUUAAUUGUCGGGGACGUGAGGGUUGGACAGGAGUAAUGAGAGCAGCUCUCUGUGGAAAGAAGGAUACUUUUGAAAUGCUUGUGUCAAAGGGAGCUGAUGUCACACUGACAGAUGACUACAAUAACAAUGUACUUCAUCUGGCAUGUCAGGGUGGAAGUAGCUUCAUUGUAGAUCGUCUACUGCCAUUAUUUGACAUUAAUUGUCGGGGACAAGAUGGUUUGACAGGAGUAAUGAGAGCAGCUCUCUGUGGAAAGAAGGAUACUUUUGAAAUACUUGUGUCAAAGGGAGCUGAUCUCACACUGACAAAUGACAACAAUGACAAUGUACUUCAUCUGGCAUGUCAAGGUGGAAAUAGGUUCAUUGUAGAACGCCUUCUGCCGUUAUUUGACAUUAACUGUCGGGGACAAGAUGGUUGGACAGGAGCAAUGAGAGCAGCUUUCUGUGGAAAGAAGAAUAUUUUUGAAAUACUUGUGUCAGCAGGAGCUGAUCUCACACUGACAAGUGACGACAAUGACAAUGCACUUCAUCUGGCAUGUCAAGGUGGAAAUAGGUUCAUUGUAGAUCGCCUACUGCCGUUAUUUGACAUUAAUUGUCGGGGACAACGUGGUUUGACAGGAGUAAUGAGAGCAGCUCUCUGUGAAAAGAAGGAUACUUUUGAAAUGCUUGUGUCAAAGGGAGCUGAUCUCACACUGACAAAUGACUACAAUAACAAUGUACUUCAUCUGGGAUGUCAGGGUGGAAAUAGGUUCAUUGUAGAACAUCUACUGCCAUUUUUUGAGAUUAAUUGUCGGGGACGUGAGGGGUUGACAGGAGUAAUGAUAGCAGCUUCCUAUGGAAAGAAGGAUACUUUUGAAAUGCUUGUGUCAAAGGGAGCUGGUCUCACACUGACAAGUGACUACAAAUACAAUGUACUUCAUCUGGCAUGUCACGGUGGAAAUAGGUUCAUUGUAGAACAUCUCCUGCCAUUAUUUGACAUUAAUUGUCGGGGACAACAUGGUUUUACAGGAGUAAUGAUAGCAGCUCUCUAUGGAAAAAAGGAUACUUUUGAAAUGUUUGCGUCAGCGGGAGCUGAUCUCACACUGACAAAUGACAACAAUGACAAUGUACUUCAUCUGGCAUGUCAAGGUGGAAAUAGGUUCAUUGUAGAACGUCUACUGCCAUUAUUUGACAUUAAUUGUCGGGGACAUGAGGGUUCGACAGGAGUAAUGAUGGCAGCUCUCUAUGGAAAGAAGGAUACUUUUGAAAUGCUUGUGUCAGCGGGAGCUGAUCUCACACUGACAAAUGACUACAAUAACAAUGUACUUCAUCUGGCAUGUCAAGGUGGAAAUAGGUUGAUUGUAGAACGUCUACUGCCGUUAUUUGACAUUAAUUGUCGCGGAGAAUACGGUUGUACACCAUUCAUGAUGGCAGCUUUCUCUGGAAAGAAUGAUGUUUGGUUACUUCUUCUGAGAAGUGGGGGAAACCGUUUAUUAGUUGGUGAUAAUAAUCACACGGUACUACACACAGCGAGUAGAGGUGGGAAUAUGACAAUUGUUGAAGAUGUCAUUGAUCUCUUUGACAUUAACACAAGAGGAUUACAUGGACGCACCCCACUCAUGGAGGCAGCUAGAGGAGGCCACAUUGAUGUCGUUGAAUUCCUUGUGUCCCGCAACGCUGACGUCAAAAUGGUGGAUAAUUGGGGAAAUAGUCUACUACAUGCGGGUUGUUCAGGUGGCCAUCUUAGUAUGGUGAAACAUGUGUGUCCAUGGUUUAAUAUUGACGACAGAGACCUACAUGGGUGGACACCUGCAAUGGUAGCAGCUGUGUUUGGUGAAUUUUCACUGUUUGACUACCUGAAACGAAAAGGUGCAGAUCUGACACUGGUUGAUAAAACGGGAGAUGGUGUGUUCACUCUCGCCCUUCAGGGAGGAUGUCGCCAAAUUAUAGAACAAUUAUCUCCAGCUGGACAUGUGAAGACGCCCACUCCAUGGAAUGAACUGAUGAGAUCCAUAGUGACGGGUUGGAUGUACCGUCUGAAGAUUUACGAUGAAAACAGCCCUGACCCGGUUCAGACAGACCAGUUUGGAGACAGUUUACUACAUCUGGCCUGUCGGGGAGGCAACAGACAGUGUGUGGAGUAUCUGCUCCCAUCCUAUGACAUCAACGUCCGAGGUCGGUAUAACUGGACGCCGGUCAUGAUGGCGGCAGUGUGUGGCCAUGAUGAUGUCUUCCAGUUGCUGGUGUCUCACAACCCAGAUCUCUCUCUGGUCUCAGACACAGGUGAAGAUAUCCUCACCCUGGCUCAGCGAGGGAGAAGCAAUGUCAUUGUCAAAUACCUAAGGGAUCAUUCAGGACAGGGACAUUUUCGUGAAUCAGAAAGAUGAAAUAUCCUUUAAAAAAGUAUGGGCUUUCUUAACAUUUGAAGAAUGUUAAUGAAAGAUCAUUCACGAUAUUUAGAAGCUGAUGAGCUAUAUGCUUACAUAUACCGUGACAAUGUGAAAACGCAUGAUUAGCAUUAACACGGAAUCAGAAAAUAUGUGUGAUAAUUUGCUCUAGUCCAUCUCCAAACACAUAAAUGGGAUUCGAACCCGUACAACGACAUUGUUGUGUUUGAUUAUCUCAUGCCUGAAUGCCCAGAACAACUAAAUUCGUUUUUUGUCCAUCGUAGAAAAAUAUUUCUCUCACUUACUUAAACCAUUGAGUUAUGACGAUCACUUUGAUGUAAGUGAUCACCUACAGGGCACUUGACUGAGGAAUUCUUGUACAGCACUUCAGUUUGUACAUUGUACAUACACUCACGUUUACUCAGCAAUAUACAGAAAUGUCAUAUACUGGUUAUUAUUCUGCUUUAGAUACAAAUGUGGCGAUGUAAAGUUACUCACUGUUAUUACGUUAUAGUCAGAAAUAUGACGUGCAUACAGUCAUUGUUAUUAAAUUAUUGUCAGAAAUGUGACGUUGUUCAUACAUUCAUUGCUAUUGAGUUAUUGUCAGAAAUGUGACGUUGAACAUACAUUCAUUGCUAUUGAGUUAUUGUCAGAAAUGUGACGUUGUACAUUCAUUCAUUGCUAUUGAGUUAUUGUCAGAAAUGUGACGUUGUACAUACAUUCAUUGCUUUUGGGUAAUUGUCAGAAAUGUGACGUUGUACAUACAUUCAUUGCUUUUGGGUAAUUGUCAGAAAUGUGUUAUGUAGUCAUUGUGAGAAAGAUGACGCUGUGCCUGCGGCACCCAUUGUUAAUAAGUCAUAGUUAGAAAUAUGACAUUGUACAUACCUUCAUUGGUAUUUAGUUAUAGUCAGAAAUAUGACGUUGUUCAUACAAAUAUUGUUAUUUAGUCAUUGUCAGAAAUAUGACACUGUAAAUAAAUUCAUUGUUAUUCAGUCAUUGUCAGAAAUGUGACCUUGUACAUACAUUCAUUGUUAUUCAGUAAUUGUCAGAAAUGUGACGUUGUAAAUACAAAUAUUGUUAUGUAGUCAUUGUCAGAAAUAUUCCGUUGUGCCUGCUGCACUCAUUGUUAAUAGGUCAAAGUUAGAAAUGUGACGUUGUACAUACAUUCAUUGACAUUCAGUCAUUGGCUGAAAUGUGACGUUGUACGUUCAUUCAUUAUUAUUCAAGUAUUGUCAGAAAUAUGAUGCUGUGCCUGCUGCUCUCAUUGUUAUUGAGCCAUUGUCAGAAAUAUGACGUUGAACAUAGAUUCAUUGGUAUUCAGGUGUAGCCAGAAAUAUGAUGUUGUAAAAACAAUUUUAUUGUUAUGUAGUCAUUAUCAGAAAUAUGACGCUGUACCUGCUGCACUCAUUGUUAAUAAGUUAUAGUCAGAAAUGUGACCUUGUACAUACAUUCAUUGUUAUUCAGUAAUUGUGGUAAUGUGACGUUGUUCAUACAAACAUUGUUAUUUAGUUAUUGUCAGAAAUAUGACACUGUAAAUACAUUCAUUGUUAUUCAGUCAUUGGCUGAAAUGUGACUUUGUACAUUCAUUCAUUAUUAUUCAAGUAUUGUCAGAAAUAUGAUGCUGUGUCUGCUGCAAUUAUUGUUAUUGAAUCAUUGUCAGAAAUAUGACGUUGAACAUUGAUUCAUCGGUAUUCAGGUGUAGCCAGAAAUAUGACGUUGUAAAAACAAUUUUAUUGUUAUUUAGUCAUUGUCAGAAAUGUAACGCUGUGCCUGCUGCACUCAUUGCUAAUCAGUUACAGUCAGAAAUAUGAGGUUUUAAAUACAUUCAUUGUUUUUCAGUUACACUUAGAAAUGUGACGUUGUACAUACAUAUUUAUUGCUCUUUAGUCAUUGUCAGAAAUGAGACGCUGUGCCUGCUGCACUCAUUGUUAUUCAGUUACAGUUCGACAUAUGACGUAAAUACACUCAUUGUUAUUCAGUUAUAGUCAGAAAUAUGACGUACAUACAUUCAUUGCUAUUCAGUUAUAGUCACACGUGUACGUUGUACAUACAACAUUGUUAUUCAGUCAUUGUCUGAAAUGUGACUUUGUACAUACAUUUAUUGUUAUUGUGUUAUAGUCAGAAAUAAGACGUUGUACAUACAUUCAUUGUUAUUCUGUUAAAGUCAGAAAUGUGACGUUGUACAUACAUUCAUGUUAUUCAGUCAUUGUCGGAUAUAUGACUUUGUACAUACAUUCAUUGUUAUUCAGUGACAGUCGGAAAUAUGACGUUGUACAUACAACAUUGUUAUCCAGUCAUUGUCUGAAAUGUGACUUUGUACAUACAUUUAUUGUUACUUAGUCAUUGUCUGAAAUGUGACGUUGUACAUACAACAUUGUUAUUCAGUCAUUGUCUGAAAUGUGACUUUGUACAUACAUUUAUUGUUACUUAGUCAUUGUCAGAAAUAUGACGUUGUACAUACAACAUUGUUAUUCAGUCAUUGUCUGAAAUGUGACUUUGUACAUACAUUUAUUGUUAUUCAGUUAUAGUAAGAAAUAUGACGUUGUACAUACAACAUUGUUAUUCAGUCAUUGUCUGAAAUGUGACUUUGUACAUACAUUUAUUGUUAUUCAGUUAUAGUCAGAAAUAUGACGUUGUACAUACAACAUUGUUAUUCAGUCAUUGUCUGAAAUGUGACUUUGUCAAUACAUUCAUUGUUAUUCAGUUAUAGACAGAAAUAUGACGUUGUACAUACAACAUUGUUAUUCAGUCAUUGUCUGAAAUGUGACUUUGUACGUAUACAUUGUUAUUCAGUUAUAGUCACAAGUGUGACGUUGUACAUAUAUUCAUUGUUAUUCAUUUCUAGUCAGAAAUGUGUUUUUGUACAUAGAAUUCAGAAUUAGUAUACGUACAGUACCACAUUUAUGUACAUGUAUAUAGUUUAAUCAUGUUAAUAUGUGGACUACUUUCAUCCAUUUCGGUAUAUUGAAAUAUUUAAUGUUACGUGAAGUGUGUCAUGGAGUUUAGUUGUCGUCAUAUACAAUGUAGCUUGGAGGCCCAUUUAUGAGAAUCAUUUUCAUUUAAGAUGAUGAAGAACCAAACAAGUUCUAUUUAUGUCUAAACAUUCUGAGACAAACUCAUCAGUAUUCAGAACGUAACCGUUUAUCUUAAAAGUAUUGUCAUGGGGUGUGCAGUAAACACAGAUGUUGUAUUUUGUAUUCUUCUUUGAACAAUUAUUUGAGUAUUUCUUUGCCCCUACCUGAAUGUAGUCCUGUUUGUUUAAUGAUGAGAUCACAUUUAAUGACUGGACAGUCUUUGUAUUUUUGCUGUAAAUACAAGAUUUAGUGUUUAUUGAAUAUGGUUUUGUUUUACAGAAAAUAACUCAACGCAUGUAAUAGAUAAUGUUCUUAAUGUCAUGUUAGAUGAAGUUGAUCAUGAUGUUAUCAAUAGCUUUGGGGAAUAUUGAUUAUUGCUAUGCUUGUAUCCAAUUAAAAAAGUAAUUAUAUUUCCUUUUUAAUUGAUCCUUUAAACGGUUAUCCCUUUUGAAAAUAAUCUGUGUAUUUAGUCAUUGCAAAAAUAUGUUUCUUCAGACUUAUAGAUGUACAUACGAUUCCCUCCUUAGACCUGUGAAGAUCCGCGGUAGAAUAGGUCUUCAGCAACCCAUGCUUGCCGUAGAAGGCGUAUGCUUGUUGUAAGAGGCAACUAGGGUGGUCAGGUGGUUGUUGUUCAGUUAUAGUCAGAAAUAUGACGUAGAUACACUGACUUGGUUGAUGCAUGUCGAUUAUUUACAGACCGCCGUCAUAUAGCUGGAAUAUUGCUGAGUGCGGCGUUAAACAAACAAACAAACCUCCAUCCUUAAACUUUUAUAUGCUUAAUAACAACAACAAAUGCAAGUAACAUUGCGUUGCUUAUUCAAUAAAUAUAUAUUUCAAACAAUGCACCUCUGCUUAUUGACUUGAUUUUACAUAAUUUUGUAGUUCACUGGCUGUAUAUUAUGUAGUUUUAGCAUACCUUCAAUAAAUAUGAUUGUCUCUUAA